ACAGAGAUGUGUUUCAUUUUAUCACCUUGAUGGAGUAUAAAUAUGGAAAUAUUAAAAAAAACUGUGUUACUGUUUCUGUUUCUUUAUUUAGCUGAUGCGUUGAAAAUAAAGAAACAAAACCAAACAACACUUACAGUUAAUCCAAAAAUAGAUAAAUUUAUUGAAGACGAUAUGGAAAUAAAAUUGAAUUUAAAUAAUCACAAUAAUGAGGAAGAUUUAAAUAGAGAGCACUACGAAAACCAAAUACUAAAAGAAAAUUCCACAGUCAAAAUUCUUGAUUUGACGAAGAAACGAAAUAAAUCAGUAAUUCCUAAAACUGCAGUAGAUAAAAGCGGUUCACCUGCUGUAUACCUGCCGUUAGAUUUGCUCUUGAAGCAUCCAAAAAUAAAUGGUACUAAUAUCACUAAUUCGAGCUCAAAAAGGCGAUGGAAAGUGACAAACACCAGCAAUCCUACUGUAAACUACUUAAUGCCUAAAAUAGAUUUUUGUGAAGAUACAAUGGAAGCUGUAGAUGAAAGCCUAGCUGAUUUUUAUAGCGCUAUUAAAAUGAAUAACAGAACAAAUAAAACCUUUGUAAAACUUGACGAUGUUAAAGUUGUAGAUGAUUACGUAAAUAUAAAAAUGAGUAGUCCAGAACGUUCAGAAGGUACUAGUAUUGAAGCACGGAAUUCUUUAGCCGAUACCAGUAGUGAUAAAAUUAAUUAUUCAGCAAAUGUUGAAACGCAAGGAAAUUUGAUAAAAACACCGUCUGCAACAGUAGAAAUUUUAAUAAAAUGCGAACCAUCCACUCCAAAUGAAGCGUUACGGUCUGAUUCCUCCAUUGUUAUUCAUAAUACAACCUACCAAGAAAUAACACAACCUACCUUUUGUCCCAGUCCGUACAUAUAUAGCUAUACGCCUUGUUGGCCUUAUAGAUCGUGGUACCCUUACAAUUUCUAUAAAUAUCCAUAUACAAAACGUAACGGCCAGUGUUACUUUUACAAUAACCAAUAUUCAGUGCCUUAUUCAGCUCCGAAUAUUGUUUGGAAAACUUGGAAUAACAUGGAUUUAAGCAUGACAAAUCCUAAUUAUGAGACAUUUAAUUGUGAAGAAACUAAAGAUACGCCCGAAUAUUACGAUGAUAACAAUAUGUAUGAAAUUUAUGAUCAAAUUGUUAUUUAACGUAA